GGUACUGACUUACGUCAAUCGUGCAGUGUUCGACCGGCCCGAUCGGCCUUGAUCGAUGAACAAUCUCUGCUGAACGUAGCCGGCUGACCGGGUCGAUUGUCAUGGAAGCCGGUCUUGUACCAAGACAUGCCCUAAGUUGCUCAACUAUAAAUGGGUGCGAGAGCAUUUGCUUCAAGUUAGAGAGAUCUAUACACACAGCAUAUUAGUUUUAUACAUCAGACCGGAAAACACAAAAGAGCCAAAGGGGGAGGAGUCAACUACACUUCGCAACGAUGUCGUCAGCCCAGCACAAUCCAUUGCCAUACACCUACGAGACGAAAGUAUAUACUGAGGGGCUCAAUGACAAAAAGCCCGCUAUCACUUUUGAUCCUUUCAAAUGGGAGGGACUGGCUAAAGAGCGCCUCUCAGCAGAUAGCUUCGGCUACGUCUGGGGUUCUGCUGGGGCCAGAGAAACAGAUGAUAACAACCGGAAGGCAUUCAAGAAAUGGGGCAUCGUUCCAUCCCGUCUGGUUAAAGCGGACUUUCCAAGUUUGAAAACGACGCUGUUCGGUGAGGAUUACGAGUACCCGAUCGCAAUCGCACCAGUAGGAGUACAACGAAUUUUCCACCGCGAUGGUGAGGUUGCUGUUGCUUCCACUGCACAGAAUGAAGGGAUAACGUACAUCCUGAGUUCUGCAUCUUCGACCAGUAUUGAGGACGUCGCCGAAGCCAAUGGGCAUGGGUCCCGGUGGUUUCAGUUAUACUGGCCGUCAAAUGAGCACAACGACAUUACAGCCAGCUUGUUGAAACGCGCCAAAGAUGCCAACUACAAAGUCUUGGUGGUCACACUCGACACCUACAUCCUUGGAUGGCGCCCCUCGGACUUAGAAAAUGGGUAUAAUCCAUUCCUCCGGAAAGACAAUAUUGGGGUCGAGAUUGGCUUCUCCGAUCCUGUGUUUCGGAAGAAGUUUGCGGAAAAGCACGGCAAAAGCGUCGAAGAAGACAUGGCGACUGCAGCGGCAGAAUGGGCUCAUAUGAUAUUCCCUGGGCUAAGCCAUGGGUGGGAAGAUCUCCAGUUCCUCCGUCAGCAUUGGGAUGGCCCAAUUGUACUGAAGGGUAUACAAACGGUUGAGGAUGCAAAGCUGGCAGUCCAGUACGGCAUGCAGGGAAUAGUAGUAUCCAACCAUGGCGGACGCCAGCAGGAUGGGGGAGUGGGAUCUUUAGACAUGCUGCCAGACAUUGUCGACGCGGUGGGGAAAGAUCUAGAAGUCAUCUUUGAUUCUGGCGUGCGCUGCGGCGCUGAUGUAGCUAAAGCUCUGGCGCUAGGGGCCAAAAUGGUCCUUAUCGGUCGACCCUACGUGUACGGACUGGCCAUCGCUGGUAGGGAGGGUGUCCGCCAUGUACUACAGAGUAUAUUGGGUGAUCUACAGCUUACUCUUCAUCUGUCCGGGAUCAGAUCGGUGCAUCCAGAGCACCUUAAUAGAUCUAGACUACGACGGAUGGAUUAAGCAACAUACAGGCGCUACCUAACAAGGUUGAAGGUUGAACUUGUGCCCAAAUUCGAUAUGGACAUAUAUACAUAACCCUAAUUUGAGCUCCACAGUGCUUCAAG